AUGCCACAACUCAACCCCACACCUUGAUUUGCAAUUCUAAUUUUCUCUUGAUUAACUUUCCUAAUUAUUCUUCCCCCUAAAGUGAUUGCUCAUACUUUCCCAAAUGAACCAACCCUACAAAGCGCUAAAAAACCCCAAACAAACUCCUGAACCUGACCAUGACAGUAA